AUCAAACACAACUUUCCCCUUCUUCUCUCGCUCUCUCAGAUUCCCCAACAAACACACCAACUCUACAUUUUUUUUUCUAAAUUAAAGAUGACAAGCAUCACGAAAACUCGGGCCUUUGCAGUUCUCGUUUUACUGGUGAGCACUGCUUUGAUGGGCUUAGAAGCCCGUCCUCUGAGUAUCAUUGAGACGGGAAACUCCGCCACUGGAGGAGCGGUUCAAGUGGUGGGUUUCUUCGAUUGGUUAGGUCUUGGAGGGAUUAAGGACUCAGGUCCUAGUCCUGGAGGGAAGGGUCAUCAGUUUACAAAUAGCAACACCCUUGGUGGAAUCAAGGACUCGGGUCCAAGCUCCGGAGGAGAGGGUCACAAAUUUACCAACAGCGACACCCUCGGUGGAAUUAAAGACUCCGGUCCAACCCCUGGCCAAGGACACUGACAUCUUCAUGCUCCACACACACCCUCCGUUUUAGGGACUACGUGCCAGAUAAUUCUCAAAAAGAUUCCUUUAGUUGGAAAAUAGGUUUCAGGUUAAUUGAUUCCUUCAUUUCUUUAAUUUCUGUCUAAAUUUUUCAUUUCACUUCAUUCUUCGGAUCGUAAUAUUGUAAUAUUGUAAUGUUCCUGUUGAUGGACUAUAGUUCAGAAUUCAAAUUGUUGUUAUUUUCGUAGUGACAGUGGUAAAGUAAGAACAGAGUAAUGCA